AAGAGUUGUCAUUUGUUGGCUGCGGUGAGACCACGCCCCGUCGCCCUCCCACACCUGAGCCCGCCCUCCCGCGUCCAUUGGGAACGCCACCGGAAGUAAUGCGAGACGGAGCGUUUUAGCGGAGACACUCACUGGGGCAAUCUGAGGUAAUUCAACAGACUGUGGCGGAGGGACCGGAAGCGCCAGGCAGGGACCUGGGGUAGAUGCUAAAUCCAAACUGAAACGUACAGGGCUGGAUGAUUGAAGCAGCAGCGGGAACUAGUCGGACCUCCGAGCUCUUUAAACUGUCCUCAGCCUUCCCCGUGGGAUCGGCUGGUUCUCCACGAGUUCCGAGCAGAAGAGGGGCCGGCGUUUAAGUCAAAGGCCUUGGGGCUCCGAGUCCGUUCGUCUCCCGUCCUGUGAAGGCGCGACCCAGUUCACCUGUCUGUAAAGUGAAGCCAUUAGUGCCUGCUUCGUGGUGAGAAAACUGGAAGGCGGAACGAGGAGGCCGCCGGUCCCAACCCGGCCCAGGAGCAUCUUUCUUCGCAGACCGUUUCCUGGCGAGGUGCGUCUUCGUCCUUUUCCGCCCUUGGGAACUUAGAGCGGCCCCUUGGCCGCUGGUUCCGCGCCUCCCGCGGUUGGGGGCGUGCCCGGAAGACUCUCUACGGAAGCUGGCAGGGCUGUGGGUGCUUCACUAUGGCGACGGUGGGGGCUCCGCGGCGCUUCUGCCGCUGCGCCUGCUUUUGCACCGAGAACUUGUACGUGGCGCGCUAUGGGCUGCACGUGCGCUUCCGAGGCGAGCAGCAGCUGCGCCGGGACUACGGCCCGAUCCUGCGCAGCCGAGGCUGUGUUAGCGCCAAGGACUUCCAGCAGCUGUUAGCAGAGCUUGAGCAGGAGGUGGAGCGACGGCGGCGGCUGGGGCAGGAGUCAGCAGCUAGGAAAGCCCUCAUCGCGAGUUCCUACCACCCGGCACGGCCUGAGGUCUACGACUCACUGCAGGAUGCAGCUCUGGCCCCCGAGUUUCUGGCCGUGGCUGAGUACAGCGUGUCCCCGGGCGCAGACCUCAAGGGCCUUCUCCAGCGGCUGGAGACAGUAUCGGAGGAGAAGCGCAUCUACCGGGUGCCUGUGUUCACAGCACCCUUCUGCCAGGCCUUGCUGGAAGAGCUGGAGCACUUCGAGCAGUCGGACAUGCCUAAGGGGAGGCCCAACACCAUGAACAACUAUGGGGUGCUGCUGCACGAGCUUGGGCUGGACGAGCCGCUGAUGACACCACUGCGGGAGCGCUUCCUGCAGCCACUGAUGGCCCUGCUGUACCCUGACUGUGGCGGGGGCCGGCUCGACAGCCACCGGGCCUUUGUGGUCAAAUACGCACCGGGCCAGGACCUCGAGCUGGGCUGCCACUAUGAUAAUGCCGAGCUCACACUCAAUGUGGCCUUGGGCAAGGUCUUCACGGGGGGCGCCCUGUAUUUUGGGGGCCUCUUCCAGGCACCCACAGCCCUGACGGAGCCCCUGGAGGUGGAGCACGUGGUGGGCCAGGGUGUUCUCCACCGUGGCGGCCAGCUGCAUGGGGCCCGGCCCUUGGGCACUGGUGAGCGUUGGAACCUUGUCGUCUGGCUCCGAGCCUCUGCUGUGCGCAACCGCCUCUGUCCCAUGUGCUGCCGUGAGCCCGACCUGGUGGAUGAUGAGGGCUUCGGUGAUGGCUUCACCCGAGAGGAGCCCGCCAUGGUGAAUGUGUGUGCGCUCACCUGAGCUUGCUUGGGCCCAGUGUGGGGGUGGCAGGGAGGUGAGGGCUCCGUUGCCUUGGGCUGGGGGCAGAAAUAAAAUCCCCGCAGCCUACUGCACUUAUUGGCUCAAGGCUGUGCCAGCUUCUGGGUCAUUCUCUGGACAAACAUGCUGCCUGAGUUCAGGUUUGUCCGAAGCAGAGUCUGGAAUGGGGCUUCAGCGAGGGAGUCAGGGAAGCAGGGGAGGGGAGGGAGCAGCUGGGCAAGGAAUUGGCUUCAGAGGACGUCCAGCCUCAGCUGGCCCCGCGGAGAGCUCCAGGCAGAGCCCACAGUACCACAGUGUGCCCACACCAUCGGUUACUGGCUCCCGGAUGAGGGGGCCAGAGAGGAGGGAGUAACUUCUCAGACACUUAUCUCCAGGGCAGGGUGCCUUCCAGUAGCCAAGGGAAGCCCCCAGAGACAGCACAGAUGUGAACCCUCAGCAGCAGGCAUCACCCCCAGUGGACUCGGGUGGGCCACCAGUAGCAUCUUCCAGAUGGCAGAGGGGUGAAUGGCAGGGCCGGGAACCAGGCUGCCCGGGUUCCCAUUCUGCUUCUGCCACUUCCGGCUGUGUGGCUUUGGGUGAGCCUUCACCUUUUGGUGCCUUGGUUUCCUCAUUUAGCACCUACCUUCUAGAGCUGUUUUGAGAGUUGAAUGCGCUGACGUAUAUAAAGUGCUUUGCAAGAGCC